AUGGGCCCUUCAGACACCUCCAACUGCUCAGAGGAAGCCACGCCCAUCAGGAGGGAAAUGUCUGGCUGGCCCCAGGGGAGCCUGGGUAAGGAUGACAUCACGGACAUGCACAGGCCCAGCUUCGUCAGCGACUUCACCAAGCAGCUGGGUGUGCAGGUGCCGCUGAUUAUCGCCUACUCGUUGAUCAUCCUCCUGGGGCUGGUUGGAAACUCACUGGUCAUCUACAUGAUCGUGUGCUAUCGCAACAUGCGCACCGUCACCAACUACUUCAUCGCCAACCUGGCACUGGCGGACCUGAUGGUGGACAGCCUGUGCCUGCCCUUCACGCUAGUGUACACCCUGCUGGACGAGUGGAAGUUCGGAGCCGUGCUCUGCCACCUGGUGCCCUUCGCCCAGGCCCUGAGCGUGCACGUGUCCAUCCUGACGCUGACCGUCAUCGCCCUGGAGCGCCACCGCUGCAUCGUCUUCCACCUGGGCCGGAGGCUGUCGCAGAGGGCCUGCUUCGCCAUCAUCAGCGUCACCUGGGCGGCGGGCGCGGUUCUGGCCGGGCCCCUGGCUAUCUUCCGCGAGUACCGCUACGUGGAGAUCCCCGCCAUCGACCUCCACAUCGCCGUCUGCUCCGAGAAGUGGCCCCAUGCCAGCGACGGCGUCAUCUACAGCCUGUCCAUGCUACUGCUGCAGUACGUGCUCCCGCUGGGGGUCAUCAGCUACGCCUACGUCCGCAUCUGGGUCAAGCUCAAGAACCACGUCAGCCCCUGCAGCCGCAGCGACAGCCUCCACCGUCGACGGAAGACCACCAAGAUGCUGGCCCUGGUGGUGGUGGUGUUCGUCGUGUGCUGGCUGCCCUUCUACGCCUUCCAGCUGGCCAGCGACCUGGACCUGUUGGUGAAGCUGAAGGAGUACAAGCUCCUGUACACACUGUUCCACAUCGUGGCCAUGUGCUCCACCUUCGCCAACCCGCUGCUCUACGGCUGGAUGAACAAGAACUACAGGAACGGCUUCCUCAUGUUCUUCCGCUGCAAGCACAAGCCCGAGACCAUCCACCCCGAGGGGUCCUUCCGCACCCGCUCGCACCGCGCCCUCGCCCUCAACGGCCCGACCACUGGACACCCCCGGACCGCCGUCUGA